CUCUGUUUCUGCCUCGCACCGCCCGCCCGCCCUCAGCAGCCCUCCCUCCUCUGCCUGGCGCCAGGAGGCUGUUUUUCCAUUCUCUGGCUAGAAAGUUCCACGCCACUGUUUCUUUCUCUCUCUUUUCUGGAGUUAAAUUUGUCUGCAGAUGCCUGCACUUCAUCUGUAGACGCCUCCAGUUAAGUUUGUUUGUAACUGGGCCCAGAGCUCUGUUGCUUUCAAACGCUGGGCCCCGGGGGACCCGACCCGGACCCGGGUGCAAAAGCAAAGCCGGCAGUGAACCUCGUGAGGCCACUUUGCCUCGCGGUCAGGAGCGCCUUUCCAGUGUCUGCGGGAGCCCACACUGCUGUCAGUCCAUCAGGAAGCCAAGGCCAAGGGGACCUGCAACCAGUCCUAGGAAGCACCCGUUCAGCCACUGCAGGAGCUAAAAUGGCGUGACCAUGCUCUGCCGUCGCCUGUCCUCCUGCCUGCGCUCCUUGCUAGCCUCGCCAGAAGCCAUCAGUCCUGCCCUCUUCUGCCUCCUGCACAUCCCAUCCCUGGCCCACCAGUCACCAUGGCAGCCUUGAUUGCAGAGAACUUCCGCUUCCUGUCUCUCUUCUUCAAGAGCAAGGAUGUGAUGAUUUUCAAUGGGCUGGUGGCCCUGGGCACGGUGGGCAGUCAGGAGCUGUUCUCAGUGGUGGCCUUCCACUGUCCCUGCUCACCGGCCCGGAACUACCUGUAUGGGCUGACAGCAAUUGGCGUGCCUGCUCUGGCCCUCUUCCUUAUCGGAGUCAUUCUCAACAACCACACUUGGAACCUAGUCGCAGAGUGCCAGUACCGGAGGGCCAAGAACUGCUCCGCGGCCCCCAACUUCCUCCUCCUAAGCUCAAUCCUGGGCCGUGCAGCUGUGGCCCCAGUCACCUGGUCUGUCAUCUCCCUGCUCCGAGGGGAGGCCUACGUCUGUGCUCUCAGUGAGUUUGUGGACCCCUCCUCGCUCACAGCUGGGGAUGAAAGCUUCCCUCCAGCCCAUGCUACGGAGAUCCUAGCCAGGUUCCCUUGUGGGGAGGGCCCCGCCAACCUAUCGAGCUUCCGAGAGGAGGUCAGCCGCAGGCUCAAGUAUGAGUCUCAGCUCUUUGGAUGGCUGCUUAUCGGUGUGGUGGCCAUCCUGGUGUUCCUGACCAAGUGCCUCAAGCAUUACUGUUCGCCACUCAGCUACCGCCAGGAGGCCUACUGGGCUCAGUACCGCACCAACGAGGACCAGCUGUUCCAGCGCACAGCAGAGGUGCAUUCGAGGGUGCUGGCCGCCAACAACGUGCGGCGUUUCUUUGGCUUUGUGGCUCUCAACAAGGAUGAUGAAGAGCUGGUCACCAAGUUCCCUGUGGAAGGCACACAGCCACGGCCACAGUGGAAUGCUAUCACCGGGGUCUAUCUGUACCGCGAGAACCAGGGCCUUCCACUCUACAGCCGGCUACACAAGUGGGCCCAGGGCCUGACGGGUAAUGGCACAACCCCCGACAGUGUGGAGAUGGCCCUGCUCACUGCUUAAGAGCCUGCUUCUGUGCUCUGUACGUGGAACUACUUAGUCACAGACUUAACUCCUCAUGGCGUGCUCACUUCAGCAUCAGGUGACUUUUCUGUUAACUACAGUGUCUUGGGCAUAGACAUAAAACCAGUAGUUUGUAAAGCUCCUGUGGACCACAAGGUUCACAGAAAUUGACGUGGGGUGAGGGUGGGGAGGGGAUAGGGACUGGCCUACCAAAGUCAUUUCUCCCAAGGUUACUAGCACAGUCUGUUCACAGCUAUCAGAAGACUUUCCUAGCGCUGGUCCUUAGUAUGACAGGGUUCAUCUUUGCUGGGCCUCAGAGUUGAGAAACAUCAGCUGGUGGAGCCUGGUGACAACCCAGUGGGGGGGUCGUCAUUGUAUAGUAUACUUUGUGCAGUUAAUUUGUGUCUAAUUGCAUAGGGGCACCCCAACUCCCCGUAUACUGCUAGGAAGCUGCCCCGAUUGUAUACCUCUGGCCUGAUUUUAUAUAUUUAAACUUUUUGAUAAAGCUUUUCUUACUUUAAA